GUUAAGAAUUCGGACUACGAAUUCGAUGAAUCUGUUAACUUUAUCCGAAUGUGUGCUCGUCGAGUCAGAUGUGGAGAGGAAGUUGGCGUCUCUGGAUCCAUACAAGGGGACUGGUCCCGAUUCUAUCCCCCUAUUACUCAAUCAAUUAACAAGGCUUCUCGGAUGCUCGGAUUUGUUAUCAGGACUUCAAGAAAGGGACUUAGCAUCGAAGCAAUGAAAACAGUGUAUGUGUCCUUGGUGAGAUCUGUAUUGGAGUUUGGCAGUGUAGUGUGGUCACCUUAUCAACUAGGUCAGAUUCAAAGACUGCAACGAAUUCAGGAUAGGUUUGUGCGUGUGGUCGGGGUCAGAUUGGGUUUCGAGUAUUUGGAUGUGCCGGUGCGUGCUGUGGAAGAGUUUCUUGGCCUGAAUCCUCUCAUUGUGAGAAGGCAGUUGCACGACCUGACAUUUCUUCAGAGGGUGCUUGUUGGUGAUCUGGACUGUCCUGCCUUGCUUCGUUUGAUCAACAUCAGAGUUCCGGCCGGACUCGCUCCGCGGACUUCUUCUGCCGUCCCUCAUGUUCUACCAACCAUGAAUUGA